CUGUACGGCAGUACCUACUCCAGGUUCAUCCCCUCCGGCUCCAUUUGCAAGGAAACAGAGCUUCUUGUCUACUAAUCCAGCUCUAAUUCUCUCCAAUUUUCCGCCUUUCUUCUUCAUUAUAACUCAAUCAAAUCUCUGGGUCGUGGAGAACUCUUUUAUCGAGAAGGAGACAUGUCUUCUCCAAGCAAGCGCCGAGAGAUGGAUUUGAUGAAGCUGAUGAUGAGCGAUUAUAAGGUGGAGAUGGUGAACGAUGGGAUGCAGGAGUUUUUAGUGGAUUUUCAUGGGCCUAAAGAUAGUUUAUAUCAAGGAGGGGUGUGGACGAUUAGGGUUGAGCUACCUGAUGCUUAUCCCUACAAAUCUCCCUCGCUUGGCUUUGUAAAUAAGAUUUAUCAUCCAAAUGUGGAUGAGAUGUCUGGAUCUAUUUGUUUGGAUGUCAUUAACCAGACGUGGAGCCCCAUGUUUGACCUUGUGAAUGUGUUUGAGGUUUUCCUUCCACAGCUUCUUUUGUAUCCAAAUCCUUCAGAUCCGUUGAAUGGAGAGGCUGCAGCCUUAAUGAUGAGGGAUAAGGCUGCCUAUGAACAAAAAGUGAAAGAACAUUGUGAAAGACAUGCGAAGCAUAAUUCAGCUGCGGCCCCUCCUCGAGAUGGAUCGAGUGACGAUGAGAUCUCAGAUGGGGAAUAUGAUUCCAGUGAUGAAGCAGUUGUUGGGAAGCCGGAUCUCUGACCACAUUCUAUUCAUGGAUAUAUAGUAUACAAAGGUCUUUCUAAAUAUUGUACAUUAUGUGUUGUUUUAUGUUAAAUGUUUGGGACUUGGAUUUGGGAACAACGAUCAGUCAUUCUUGAUGGAUGAAUGCAUAUGUUGGCAUUCAUGAAUGCAUGUAAAUUUAUUCUGGAUGUGGAUGUGGAGUUCAUAUUUCCUUUUUUUUUGUGUGGCAUU